AUGGCGUCCGCUAGUGUUAUAGCACGAGAUGGUUUGGUCCAUGGCUCUGAAGGUCUUCAUUGUAAAUUAAUAGAUUCCAGAAUAAAAGUUGUGUCUUUCAUGCAUAUCCCUGUUUAUGUUUCCGACAAGGAUAUUGAAGUCAAAUUGAAAUCUUGGGGUGUGACCUCAUGUGGUCCUAUAAUCAGAAAAACUAAGGACUUUGAUGGUAAAAAGAAGUAUGAUGGUACGAGGUUUGUAAAGGUGGAAUUCCCCCCUACCGUCUGUAGUUUACCUUAUGCAACUGUUUUCGAUGGUCAGUCGUAUUCAGUGCGUCAUAAUGACCAGGAGAAGGUGUGUUUUAUCUGUCUUGUACCUGGUCAUGUUGUUUCGAAUUGUCCCGAAUUCAAGUGCUUCAGAUGUUAUAAACAGGGCCAUGGGAAAAAGAGCUACACUUCGGUUCUUUGUCCAAGAUGCAAUUUAUAUGAUUGGAAAUGUCAAUGUUUACAACCUGAUGAUAAUGUUUUUACUGGAGCUAAAAACAACAUUACUGAUAACCUAUCAAGAUCUGUUGUUUUAACGAAUGAAGUUCAUGAACCAACAACAGCUUUACCGUUAAGUGUUGAUGUGGUGUCGGUGAGUUUAACGGAAUCUGGAAAGGUUAACUGUGAUAUUAAUGCAGGUGGUUCGUCAAACAUUUUUUCUGACAUUGAUAGUACUGACAACGUUCAGCCAAUUACUACCCUAAGUAAAAAUGUGUGCGAUGCGACUGAUCAAUAUGAUUAUGAGACGGCUACUGGUUGUGGAGAUAUGCAUGGUGUCAUUAAAGGAAGUGCUUCAUCUAUUUGGGAUGGAAAUGGUAGUCAUAAGGAGUCUGAUACAAAAAAGAGCUCUAAUAUAUUUAUUAAAAAUGAUUCUGAUAAGGUCGAUGAAAUUUCAUAUGAAUGUACUAGUUCUGUAACUGAUAGUUCUUAUUUCAGAGAUUGUAAUGAUGCGGUUGAACUUUUUAAUUUUGAUGAUGAUUCACUUCCUGCUAGCGCUCCUGUUCCCGAAAUAGUUGCUGAAGUAAAGAAGGGUAGAAAAGUUUCUGAUGUCAAAUUUGGUUGUCAAAGUGACAAUGAUAUGGAAAUUCAGCAAUUAGCUUCUGACAGCGAAACUAAAAUUUCCUUGAAGAAGUCUCAGCGUAUGUUAUAUUCUAAAUCCGGCUCUGAAAAGUCUCUUUUGAAAAAUAAGGUGAAACAAGGUGAUAUUUCAAAGAAAAGUGGAAAUGUUCUUGGUAAAACACUUGCCAAAAGUGUAAAAGAUCAAAUGCGCAAAAAUGGCAAAUAA